AUGCAUUUCUCAAAGAUUAUCGCUGCUGCUUUCCUCGCCGCUCCUCUUGUAGCUGGCCAAACUUCCGCUUUCGGUGGAGCUGCCCCAACUGGUACUGGUGAGAUUGGAUCCCGCCCUACCGGUGGUGCUCAUCCAUCUGGUAGCGCUGGUGGAUUCGGUGGUGCUUCUCCAUCUGGCGGUUUCGCCAUGGCUUCCGGUGGAGCUGGAGGACGUGGAGGACACCACCACAGUGGUGGUGCUCAACCAACCGGUUCAUCAAACUUCGGAAACGGCAAGGCGCAACAGUCCGGUGUUGCUCAAGCUUCCGGCAAGGGUGGCCACAAGGGCGGAAAGGGCGGAAAGGGUGGAAAGGGUGGAAAGGGUGGAAAAGGUGGAAAAGGUGGAAAGGGAGGUGCAUCAGGAAGUGGCUUCAGUGGUGCAUCAAAGACCGGUUCCUCUGGAGCUAAGGCCACUGGAGGUGCCAAGGCUUCCGGUCAUCAAAGACGUCAACAAAGCAGUGCUGCCUUUGCACCAGGUGGAGAGAUGCAACAGCCAACUGGUUCCGCCGGUAGCUCCAAGCCAAGUGGAGCUCGUCCAUCCGGUGCUGCUCAAGCAUCAGGUGGAUUCGGAGGCCACAGAGGAGGCCACAGAGGAGGCCACAAAGGUGGUCACGGACACCACAGCCAAGGAGGUGCUUCCCCAACUGGCGCCAAGUUCCGUAACUUCAAAACUAAGCCAUCUGGUACUUUCUCCCAAGGUGGUGCUAGACCAACUGGUGGAUUUGGUGGCCAACAAGGUGGUGCCUCCCCAUCUGGGGGAUUCGGUGGAAACCAAGGUGGUUUCCCAUCUGGCUUCCCAUCUGGAGCUGCCCCAUCAGGAUUCGGAGGUACUGUCCCAUCUGGCUUCCCAUCCGGCUCUGCUGCCGCUCCUGAACCUACGUCUUAA